GACACUUGAGUUGGGCAGACACCAAAGAAAGGGCGAGAGUGAGGAAAAGGAAAAAAUGGCAACAGCAACAGAAUCGAAGACAGUUCAUUCAGCAAUGGUGACAUAUGCUUCAAUGUUAUUGCUUCUCUCUCUUUGCCCUCCUUUUGUCAUCUUACUAUGGUAUACAAUGGUACAUGCUGAUGGGUCUGUUGCCCAAACUUGGAAUUUUCUCAAGCAGCAUGGACUGCAGGGUUUUAUAGAAAUAUGGCCAAGACCCACAGCCACUGCUUGGAAAAUCAUUUUCGUUUAUGGAGCAUUUGAAGCAGCACUUCAACUGUUUCUUCCUGGCAAGAGGGUUGAGGGCCCAAUAUCUCCCACAGGGAACCGGCCUGUUUACAAGGCAAAUGGGGUGGCAGCAUAUUUUGUGACAUUGGUUACCUAUAUUGGUCUUUGGUGGUUUGGGAUAUUCAACCCCACGGUUGUUUAUGAUCAUUUGGGAGAAAUAUUCUCAGCACUCAUCUUUGGAAGCUUGAUUUUUUGUAUUUUCUUAUACAUUAAAGGUCAUUUGGCUCCUUCUUCUACCGAUUCUGGGUCAUCUGGGAAUAUAAUAAUUGAUUUCUAUUGGGGUAUGGAGCUCUAUCCACGAAUUGGCAAAAAUUUUGACAUCAAAGUCUUUACAAAUUGCAGAUUUGGGUUGAUGUCUUGGGCAGUUCUCGCUGUCACCUAUUGCAUAAAGCAGUAUGAACUCAAUGGAAAAGUUGCUGAUUCCAUGCUUGUGAAUACAAUAUUGAUGCUGGUGUAUGUUACAAAGUUCUUUUGGUGGGAAGAUGGUUAUUGGAAUACAAUGGACAUUGCACAUGAUCGAGCUGGGUUUUAUAUUUGUUGGGGAUGCUUGGUUUGGGUUCCAUCUGUGUACACAUCACCAGGGAUGUACCUUGUCAACCAUCCUGUGAACCUUGGAACACAGCUUGCACUUUAUAUCUUACUUGCCGGCAUUCUUUGCAUAUAUAUCAACUACGAUUGUGAUAGGCAAAGACAAGAAUUUCGCAGAACAAAUGGCAAAUGCAGGGUCUGGGGGAAAGCUCCAUCAAAGAUUGAGGCCACCUACACAACAUCUGGGGAAACCAAAACCAGCCUUCUUUUAACCUCAGGGUGGUGGGGUUUGUCUCGUCAUUUCCAUUAUGUGCCAGAAAUAUUAGCUGCAUUUUUCUGGACUGUUCCUGCUUUGUUCAACCAUUUUCUGCCAUACUUCUAUGUGGUGUUUCUUACCAUCCUCUUAUUUGACCGAGCCGAAAGGGAUGAUGACAGGUGUCGAUCCAAAUAUGGCAAGUACUGGAAACUCUACUGCAAUAAGGUUCCCUACAAGAUCUUACCUGGAAUUUAUUGAGAGAUGCUUCGCGAACAACUCAGCUGCUCAUAUUGAAUUUACAUGAGCAUUUGUGUACCAUGUUGUUGAACUUGAAAAUGCUAUGUAACAUUAUCUCCCUUUGAAAUGCAAACUCCUUCUAGACACCUUUGGGUGCUUGUAA